UAACAACUCUGGCCAUGAUGCAAAGACAGCAGUUACCUUGUUAACCUAGUGCUAUAAAGGACGGGGGUGGUGGGCACUGGUAACAAUUCACCAAAAAGCUUCAGUUUUUCUAAGCAUUCACUGCUGCAGUUACCUUUGCAUCCAUCCAUCAAUUUCAGAUAAAAUUGUGCUGCAGAUGCAUUCUCCAUGGUUUUAUUGUAAAGGAGGUGAGGGAGGGAGGAGCAGGGCUAGCUUGCCUCUUUCAUGCUUGCUUCAUCAUGGCUUCUUUCUCCUUUAGCAUCACUGCAUCAUUUCUUCCACUAAAGCCCAUUCUCCUGUGAGCAAUUUCUUGAUGCCUCCCAGCUCCCAAAUGGCCAUACAACUCACACUCAUACUCAUUUCAUGUAGCCUUUACAGUAUGUAUUCUUCUUCUUCCUCCUCCUCUUCUUUGUUCUUGGCAUCGUCCUCGCUCGCAUUGCUGGUGCUUCUCAUCUCCUUGCUCUUCUCCAACAUCAGACAGCUGCUCAAAGCCAACACCCACAAAGGUCAGACUCCUCCUUCCAUGGAGGAGGCUGUGCAUCAGGAGAAGAACAUUGUGUCACAAGAUGAGGUGCCUGAUGAUGCGCCAGAGUAUUUGACGGGAAGCCUAUCGGAUUCUUCAGAUUGCACGGCGAAUGACGAAGAGCACACCGAGGAGGACUUGAUGUCAGACGACGACGACGAGAGCCUCAUUGAGAUCUCCCUUGUUGAUGGGCACUAUGUGGGCGUGGGGCAAGGUGAGCAAUGCGCACACGAGGAGAAGGACCUCCUCGCCGAGUUUUUGCCGGAUUUGGUGCUUGACAAGAGAGACUUCAUCGACAUCUUGUCAGAUAUCAGCGAGGAGGACAGCCUGAUUGAGAUUGACAUUGCAAGAGGCUCCAUCAAGUGCUCGAACUUCGGUAUCAAGGCAUGAACUUACCAAAGGUUUGGAGAAGCUGAAAUCUUCCUCUGCUUUGCUUCAGAGCGCUGGUCAGGGAGAGGAAGCAGGUUGUACCUGGCCUACAUGAAAUGGUUUAAGGUGUUUUUUUUUUCACAAGAGCUUAUAACUUUCCUUUGUGAUUCUUCAGUGAAAGCCUUGUUGCAUCUUUUAUUGUUCUUUCAUAUUUAAUAUUAUAAUGGAAAUAACGGGGUUGCACAUAUUUCAUAUAUAUAUAGAGAGAGAGAGUUUCAGUAGAAGCUAAGAAUGGUCUCAGUGGUGAACAGUUGUGUCUGUACUGGUAUGUCCCAAUGCUACCUACUAUCAUC